AACAGUCCCCCUUCUCACACAAAGACAGGAUUGUGAACGGCCCGCUCCUCUGAAAACCCAGAUAAGCUCUUAAAAGAUGAGGAGGUGUAUUAUGUUGUUUGUGCUGCUUCUCUCUGGGGCCCAGAGGUUUGCUGUUCCCUUUAAACCUGCCUGGUACGGGCACACAAACUUAAAGAACACAUCAUUAUAUUUUAGAACAUACUUAAAAAUGUACGUCUUUUAAAGGAUAAAUUUAUUCUGAAUUACUAUAGUAAUUAGUAUACAAACAAAUGAGAGACUUUACUGUUGAUUAAAGACAAGAUUUGAUUUAUUUAAAGGAUUAUGUGAUCCAGGCUAAAGCAGAAGCAAAUGUUUCUUAAAGGUGAAGAACCCUUGCUUAAUAGUCAGAGAAAAUAUGUAAUCCAUCAGUAAAUUGAUUGCAACACUGACUAUUGUGAGUUAGAAAUGAAACUCUCCUUUUGUUUGACCAAUGAAAGGAAUGUUCAGGAAACCUGUGUGAAAAGUCAUGAUUUUUUCAUUUUUAUUUGGUGUCACAGGGACAGAGAUUACACAGUUCACCUUUAAGCCAGUUACAUAGUCAGUAUAAUCUUAAUUUUGCUAAAUGAUGUGCUUUACAUGAUCUAUGAGCUACUUUAAUAAGCUAGACCUUUUUAUAAUAAAUAGGCUUAUAGGGAUAGUUCAAAAAUGAAAAAUUGACUUUUGUUGUUCCAAACCUGUAUUUCUUUCUUCUGUAGAACACAAAAGAAAAUAUUUUGAAGAAUGUUGGUAACAAAACAUUUUCGGUUCCCAUUGACUUUUUAUUUUAUUAGUUUUAUAGUUUUAUUAUUGAAUUGGUUCGUUGCUUCGAACUGAUUAUUUGUUUUAAUUUUUAAUUUAUUUUUUUUUGUUUUUUAAAUCGCUAUGGAGAAAAUAACUGGGAAAAAUACUGGGGCCACUGAUAAAAUGGGGACUGUUGUGCUGUAUAAACCCGCUAGCAUGGCAUUUUAAUUAUUGCCAUAAUGCAUCUUUUUCAUCUUGCUUUCUUUAUCAUUGGUGAAAUUAAUAAAAAUUGUUUAAAAUAAAACGUCAUUUUGAGAUGAAUAUUGGAGACAGUCUGUUGGCCAUCUGUUUUUGAGUGUGCCAAGCCAGCUUUUUUGGAGAGAGUUGAAUCAGGUUUGGAAUGUGUGUGUAUGGGGUUGUUGUGAUGAUUCCGUUAAAGAUGAGAGGUCAGGGGAGUAGGUGGAGGUGGAGUGAGAAAAGGUACAUUCUUGCCACAAUCAGCUCCAGAUGUGCUUGGAGGAGCAGGGUGUCUACAAUUCUGCAGACACACACAAUUAAAACAGAUCGUCACAUCUAUGCAAGACCCCAAAACAGGCAAGCACAGAGGUUUGAAUUAAAAAUGUGCAUAUCCCGCAUUUGAAUAAUAGCUGAUAAUAGCUUUCCAAAAAUUCCUGAAAUAUGUUUUUGGUGUGGUCAGCAUCUCAAGAUCUCAUCUGUGGCCUAUGUGACCGAGAUGUUCUUCAGUUUUACUGCUUUCUUGAAAGACCAGAAACAGAUGUAGUUUGAAAGAGUUUGGCUGGAGCCCACCAAGUUCAUAGUGAAACAAGUGAGACGGCCGAUGAACACACUCUUUCGGCUGUCAGUGAAGUUCUUUCCUCCUGAUCCUGGUCAGCUUCAGGAGGAGUUUACUAGGUACUUGUUUUCUCUGCAAAUCAAGAGGGAUCUAAUAGAGGGCCGACUGAACUGUACAGAAAACACUGCUGCCCUGCUGGCCUCUCAUUUGGUGCAAUCUGAGAUCGGUGACUAUGAUGACAUAGCAGACAGGGAGUUUCUGAAGAUAAAUAAAUUGCUGCCAUAUCAGGAACGUGUGCAAGAAAAGAUCAUGGAGCUCCACCGCAGACACAUUGGGCAAACCCCAGCAGAAUCAGAUUUCCAGGUUCUGGAGAUCGCUCGUAAACUGGAGAUGUAUGGGGUUCGCUUUCAUCCUGCCGCUGACCGAGAAGGCACCAAGAUCAACCUGGCUGUCGCACACAUGGGCCUGCAGGUCUUUCAGGGCCACACCAAAAUUAAUACCUUCAACUGGUCUAAAAUUCGGAAGCUGAGCUUCAAGAGGAAACGAUUUUUAAUUAAAUUGCACCCAGAAGUUCAUGGUCCUCAUCAGGAUACGCUGGAAUUUCUAAUGGGCAGUCGAGAUCAGUGUAAGAUCUUCUGGAAGAACUGUGUGGAGCAUCACUCGUUUUUCCGUCUGUUAGAUCAGCCUCAGCCCAAAUCCAAAGCCAUCUUCUUCAGCAGAGGAUCCUCCUUCAGAUACAGUGGGAGGACACAGAAGCAGCUUGUUGAGUAUGUGAGGGACAGCGGGUUGAGAAGAACUCCUUACCAGAGGAGGAACAGUAAGAUUCGCAUGUCGACACGUUCCUUGGCUUCUGAUAUGCCAAAACAGAAUCUGUGUUUUAACGACAGUCUAAGGUCUCCAGUUCCUCCUUCCUCUGUCACCGCCUCCUUCCACUCCCUCCAUGCCCCCAGCUCACCCAUGCGGACGGAGACCCCGAACCAGCCCGUGCAUCUCCAGCAGACGCAGCAAUCCGCCAGAGCCCCCAGCCCAAUGCAGCAGGACUUCAUCAAGACCAACUCCCAAUCCACCUACGCCUUCCCAGACUCUGCCACUGACAGCCCACAGCUCUCUCCCUUCAACACCAAGGGUCCUCUGUGUCUGUCGCCCUCUUUCCAGAUGUCCACUCUCAGUCUUCCCGGCCAGGCACCUUCACCCUUGCAGAGCCCCAUCUUGAAUGAGGUGGGCAGUGCCAGACUAGAGGAAGACGAAGAGGGCAGGAGGAAGAGAUAUCCUACCGACAAAGCCUACUUCAUUGCUAAAGAGAUUCUGACAACAGAGCGGACUUACCUGAAGGAUCUGGAGGUCAUCACAGUGUGGUUCCGCAGUGCAGUAAUUAAAGAGAACGCAAUGCCUGAGGGUCUCAUGACCCUCCUGUUCUCCAACAUCGACCCCAUCUAUGAGUUCCACAGAGGCUUUCUCAAAGAGAUUGACCAAAGACUGGCUCUCUGGGAGGGGCGCUCUAACGCUCAUGUUAAAGGAGAUUACCAACGAAUUGGAGAUGUUAUGCUGCGCAACAUGUGUGCUCUGAAGGAGUUCACAGGCUAUCUGCAGAAGCAUGAUGAGGUGUUAACAGAGCUUGAGAAAGCGACAAAGCGUGUGAAGAAAUUGGAGACUGUGUAUAAGGAGUUUGAGCUGCAGAAGGUGUGCUACCUGCCCCUUAACACCUUCCUGCUGAAGCCCAUCCAGAGACUCAUGCACUACAAACUCAUCCUGGAGCGUCUGUGUAAGCAUUACGCCCCCCAGCACAGAGACUAUGAUGACUGCAAUGAGGCUCUGAAAGAAGUUGCAGAGAUUGCUACUCAGCUGCAGAGCAGUCUGAUUCGACUGGAGAACUUUCAGAAGCUGACAGAACUUCAGAGGGAUCUGAUUGGAAUUGAGAACCUUACGGCUCCGGGAAGAGAAUUUAUCAGGGAAGGUUGUCUCUACAAGCUCACCAAGAAGGGUCUGCAGCAGAGGAUGUUUUUUCUUUUUUCAGACAUGCUGCUGUACACAAGCAAAGGGGUGACUGCAACCAAUCAGUUCAAAGUUCAUGGACAGCUUCCUCUGCAUGGGAUGAUUGUGGAGGAGAGUGAGAAUGAGUGGUCUGUUCCUCACUGUUUCACCAUAUAUUCUGCUCAGAGGACCAUUGUGGUGGCAGCUAGCUCCAAAGUAGAGAUGAACAAAUGGAUUGAAGAUCUGAACAUGGCUAUUGACAUGUCAAAGAAAUGUCAGGAGAAAUCAGAUCUUCUGUUGGACCCAAGCCUGUGUGAUCGCUCCAACAGAUCAUCAGAUGAAGUGUCUCUGGAGCAGGAGUCAGAGGAUGACAUGAACUCUUCCCGCUGCUCUCUGGACAAGCAGAGCCACCACAGGGCCAACACCACCAUGCAUGUGUGCUGGCACCGCAACACCAGCGUCUCUAUGUCUGACCACAGCCUAGCCGUGGAGAACCAGCUGUCUGGUUACCUCCUAAGGAAGUUCAAGAACAGCAAUGGCUGGCAGAAACUCUGGGUCGUCUUCACUAACUUCUGCCUGUUCUUCUAUAAGACACACCAGGAUGACUUCCCCCUGGCCAGUCUGCCGUUGCUAGGUUACACAGUCAGCACCCCAGGGGAAUCGGAUAGCAUCCAUAAGGAGUACGUCUUCAAGCUGCAGUUCAAAUCCCAUGUUUACUACUUCAGGGCAGAGAGCGAGUAUACAUUUGAAAGAUGGAUGGAGGUGAUCAAAAGUGCAGCGAGCUCCGCGGGACGCAUGAGUCUGCUUGUACCCAAAGGCCCAGCAGAGAUGAACGGGGGAAGCUGAGUGUGUCAGACUGAUCUCCUGGAGCUGAGGGCUGGGCCCACUGUCUGCCAGGACCAAACACACCAUCGUCAUUUUAUCCUUUCUGAUUUGUGGCUCUGAGAAGCAUCAUCAUCAUAACUUGAUUCUUGACUCUGGACUGUUAGCUCUCUGCUUGCUGGGAGUUUGAGCUGCUUGUUGAAACCUCAGACCGAAGAAGUUGGUCGGAAAGUAAGCGCUCUGUAAUUCUCUUUUCUAAAUCUUUUCUUCUUGUUUUUUCGCUAAUGAAACAAAAAGUGGGCGUCUUGCUUUUCUAGAACCACAUUAGACUGAAAACUUCUUAUAGAAACACUUUAGACUGAAUUAAGUUAUGUUUGUGUUUAUCUUGCUAAGGUUACACUUAUAGCUGUAUUCAGGUUUUAAGGUCUUUGCUAAGAUGAAUCUGUCAUUAGGAUGAUAUUUAAUGACUCUUGUUACUCCAGUUUGUUCAGUAGAAAUCUAGUCCCACGGGACUGCAAAAAUGCUUUCUAUUAUUUGUCCUGGGACAACAUGACUGAAUACUACUGAAUGGAGUGUUGACAAACAGAGGGUUUGUAUUAAGUCCAGCUGGUGCAGUAAGUGAGAUGAAGGACUAGCGCUGUUAAACGUGUCUUGCUGAUUUAGAAACAAUGUAACGUUGGUCAGAGAGCACGUUUGCAGGGCGAAGCUCAGAAACCGGAGAUCUAUGAUCGAGCGCCUUCGCACUUUUAAAGGGCUGAGGGUGAGAUGUUGGGACAGGAAGGGAUCAGAGAGGAAUAGAGAUGUUAUUUUGACAAUGAGGCAGCUGAAUUGGUGUGUACAGUAUGUGCUGUCCUCUUCCAGCAUAGGUUAAAGCAUGUCUUGAAGGUCAUUAUUAAGCGACUGUUUCUAUUUAGGGGAUUUUUAAGUUCUGAUCCGUUGAUUUUUGAUCUCGCAGCAUUGAUUUUCUUGAAAUCUGAAAACUAAUCAGAUAUUUAUUUUAAAGUGAAGACUGACCAAAAAAAUAUUCACUAACCAAACUAAAUGUAAUGUUUUAGAUGAUGUAUUCACAAAUGUCACUAGUUUAGAUUUUUGGGAUACUUUACAGAUAAUAAGCUCAAGUGUAAACUAACCCCCGUAUAGGGGAAGAAGGUCAUCCAGUGUAAUACUGCACUUUUCUUUCAGUUUCUGUCCUCUACACACAGGGAAGAGGAAAUGAUUCUGGUGAAGUUCAAGUUUUGUCAAAGUUGAAGUUAAAACAACAAUGCAAGAUUUUCUCGGUCGGCCACUAAUUCCUAAAAUUUAAACUGGGAUCAACGGCCUAAAACUGCCUGUUCCCCUUUUAUUAUAUUGUAUAUGUGAAGUUUUUUUUUUUUUUUUUUAAGAAUUAAUUUACAAGUUCUUUCCCUAUGAUUUAUUGAUAAACAAAAAUUUUUUUCUUUUUCUUUUUUUACUACUAAUAUUUUUUUGCGAGGCAUAUCUCACUAUAUAUGUGUUACAGUCUCGUUUUGUUGGAAGGCCAGUUGAGUUAUUUGUUGUUUUAGUAGCAUGAUGAAGUUCCACAGCAUGUGUGACAGUGUUAUGUUUACUUAUCGGCUUCACUUUAUGAAGACAGAUCUGUACGACAUCUGAUUUGGGAGAUUUAUUUUGCCUCUUUUUGGAUUAUUGGUUGUAUUUAUAAGGCUUUUGGCUCUGUCCGUUCAACAUGCUGUACAAGGUCCAACCAAAGACCUGAAGAAGUCUUGCAUAUGCCUGAAACGGUUGGCCAAAGUUAGUCGGCCACACAUUAAGCAGUGUUGCUUUGUGUAUUCUUAACAAUAUACUGUAAGCAGCAAUCAUCUCGACAUGAGCUCAGCUAGUCUGAUGUGUUUCAAAUCCCUCUUAAUUCACUAAUGCACUGUGUGGGCUCAUGGUCUCCACCCUUUUUUGUACAUUUUAUGCAAGGACUGGAAUCAUUUUCUUCCUCGUUUUCUGUAUCUGGCAAUAAGACGGUUAGAUGAAUGGUUGAUUUCCAUCCCGGAUUGCUAAGCACGAGAAAAGGGAGUUUACUCAAAGACCUGUUUCCUGUCUCAUUCUGAGGGGCACUAAACUGAGUUUUGAUGAAAUCGCUUCUCUCCAGUUUUUACUAUUUAUUUUGUGUAGCAUGUUGCUGAGGCGUUGCUCCUGUACACACCGCAUGUAGUAAGUUUCAUGUUAUGACAUUGAAGGGAUAUCAAAUAAAACUGAACUGUGUAAACC